CAGCUUUUCGCUCUGGCAGUGUUUGUUAGCGUCAUUUCUUUGUCUCUUGAAAUGAAUUGCCCUGGAUUUCGUCAAAAGCCCCAGAAGACGCUCAAGCGCCUCCGACGACAUUUCCUAUUUGUCGAGAAACCUUUCGCAACGCCCCAGUCACUCGCUACCGCAAAUCCUCGUCGUGUUAGCCGUGAUGUCAACGUGCAAACGCCAGGCACCUCAACAUGCCCCUGGAGCUGGGCCCAAGAUGACAACCCAGAUCGUGUCCCACGGUUCCUGUCCAAAGCUGUGUGUCCUGAUUGUCCUCAUUACUGCCGUUCAGUGUUAUAUUAUCACAGAGGACUGGUGCAGAGAUGUGACGUCUCAACAGGACAAACUGUCUGGAAAUGGACUUUAGUAGAACUGCCUGUGGCAUUUGUUUAUGAUCCAUAA